GAUGGCACUACGCAGAUCAUUUGCAAAGAGUUGACACCAGCGCACCAAGCAAUUAGUGUGCCAUGGAAUGUUCGAAGAUCCAGACAGUGUGCUUCCGAAUACUAGAGCCGUGCCCCUGGCACGACUCGAGCUAUAACCCUAGAUGACCCCCGGGCUCCACUAGAGACCGUUCUACAACUCCAAGGUCUCACAUUGCAAGUACAACAGGUACAUCUUGUCCUAUUCCGAUUUGACUUCAAACGGUACAUACGAUCGACAUGAAUCGUCAUGGCUUGCCAUCUUCUGCAUCCCUCGACAUAAGAGACACACAAAAGGUCCUCUUGCCUGGUCCACCGUCUUCAAGGCUUCGAAGCGCAAAUGUGCCAAACUUUUCGAGAGUAUUGACAAUACGAGCCCAAGGUUCUGCAUCACCAGCAAAGAAGAGAAAGAAGCCCGAACAAGCAACCAUGAGGAAUCCUUCUAAAGUAUCAAGUGUGAAGCGAUGGGAUGCCAAAACUCACAAAACCACUGACUGGGACGGUCUCCGACGGGAUCAAGAACUUUGGCAACAAGACGGAGACUGCCUUGUCCACUUUUAUGGGCAGGGAAAGUCCAAGAGAGGCGCCUCUUUAAAAUUGUCUUACAGUUCGAUUGAGGCGGCUACAAGUGACGCUUUUCUCAACACGUAUACGGCAUCAGACUCGUCGUCUUGUUCGGGGAGUCUCAAUGAUACAGCACCUAGCACAUCAUCCACAUCUGCUGAGUAUGAAUUGUAUAUCCCCGCUCCAGAUGAUGUUUCUAGAGAAGACGCAUACAGCUGGCACAUUACGACUCGCAAUUUCUUCGCGUAUAUUACCAACAAGCCGUUGGUCGGAUCGAAACUAGGAAAGGCAUUCAUGGACUUGUCGGAACGCAUCGAAUCGUUCUGCCCAGACAAGGCCACCAACACCCAGGGCAUACUAUCAUAUGCUCAACGGCAAGGCUAUACAAAGUUUGUCAACCGACCGGAUUACACACUGGCAUUUCUCAACUUUGCUGAGAAGCUCAAACUGAAAGACCUUUGGAUUGAUGCAUUUGCACAUUGCGUUGGCAUGAAUGACCAACUGGAUUUGAGCCCGGAAUUCGACGAUGUAAGCAAGGUCACCAGAGCCUUGAUUACGCGAUCUUAUCUGGAGAUGGACCUCCACCUCGGCCGAGUGAGCAAAGCUCUCAAGAACUUUCUGGAAGAUGAGCUCGCACCCACACAUCUGGGGCUACCAGCACCCGCCCGAACUCAUCUCGAUCGGUUCCGAUCAUUCAUGCAUUCUUACUAUGUCAACAAAUUUGGAUACUGGCCCCCAGAGACAAGCCCCAUAAUGGACAAAGGCCUUCUACGAAGUAUGCAUCAAGAGUUCCACUUGCUCUACGAUUAUUUGGUGGACGCCGACUCAACUUCCGGAAGCCUAUCUAGGCUUCCCAGUGGAGGUAUUUGUGUAUUGCAGAAUGUCGACGCGUUCAACACUCGCCACAACUACGAGCCGCUUCCGCACCCUUCGCCGUUACUGCCUGAAUACCACAGUCUUGAGUACAGGACAUCGUCGCAGAAGGGUCUCAAGUCUUUGAGACUGACAUCGAAGUCUAGCAAGGCUGAACAGUGCAUGACAGCGCGAGCUGCACUGACUAAAGCGACAAACAAACUCUCCUCCAGCUCGGCUCUCGUCAGAAACUAUAUCUAUUUCGAGAGUGAGCUGACCUCCAGACCCGAGGAGAAAUUGUCAGUCGGGGACGCCAGAAAAGUUCGAUGGAUUGCAAUCUACAGCAUUCUGCAGAUGCUUACCAACGCGAUACGAGCCCCGAAAGAAGUUAACAACGCAGAUGCUGUGCCGUACCAUCUUUGCCUGUUGACUACAGGCAUGCCACCAUGGAACGAGGAGACUACAAAGGUCACCAGUUCUUCUUCUUCUUUGCAGGCAGUCCCAGUCAAGGAAGAGAGCAAGAGCAACGAAGAGUCCGCAUUCACCAUCCGUCCAGAUUGCGAGGACAACAACUACUUUUCCCACAAGGAUGUGCCCAAGCGAUGUGACUCGCAUUCUUCUCUUCGACCUCAACCACUGCGCAUCAACACGUCGAGUUCUUUGAACCGAAACAAUUCGAUCAGAAGCUUACACAGAAGCCUGACCUCUAACUUUACUUUCCCCGCUCGACGCACGUCAGUCAAAUCUCCUGCUAUGUCAAGCAGUGUUCAGACCAACCCGACCGAUCAGUCUGCUUCUUCUCCAUCUGGCGGAUCUCCCAUCAGCAAACGCUUUUCUGCGUACUCUUUCGCCAUCAGCGAAGAAGACAACUUCGACUAUCUCAACCCCCAGGAGUCAGAGUUUGCAUUGGCAAACCAUUUCUCUGAAGCUCGCACGCCUACUUUCGACGUCUUCAUGCUAGACGCCUUCUCAGUUCCUGAGGGGCCAUCAACCCCCUCGAGCUUUACCUCUUCCACCACGUCACCAGCUUCAGCAUCGAGUCACAUGUGGGAUAGCAGUUCCCAAAGCGCGAGUGGCGACGAAAUGGAUGCAUCAGGGUGGUAUGACCGUCGUAGCAGUGCGGGAGUCCAUAACAUGGAUCAUGAAAGCAUAUGCAGUGACAGCAACAGCUAUCGCAAAUUCAGUGGCUCCAGCUGCAGCUACUCUGGAGUUAACAGCCCUGUCUCUGGUCUAUCCACCUUGACUGCCUCUUCUGCCGCUGCUGCGACCGCGAACUUGCUCAACUCUCAUGCCAGCCUGACUAUGCAACAUCAGAGUCAGCAACAAGCUGCGCAGUUGCCCGCUUGGUGGGGCCCGUCAAGUGAUAGAACAUCUUUUCGUUCGGCCACAGGAUCACUUGGAAAACAGCAAGGCCACUCAUAUGACUUGUUGGUGCCCGAGCAGGUACCCGAGCACGGCGUCUUGGCCUUCAGAAAAUACAGCAAAGAGUUUGUGGUCGAGAGAGGAGUGGAAAGUACAGUUGACAUUUUUGACGCUAUGAGCAUGUUGAAUUAAUGUACUGGUAUGGCUUAUUGGAGUUUCAGCAUCUGUAUAGAUGGACGGGGUGCUUUGGAAGCAUUAACGAUCGUUAUGAUAGUACCCAAAUUAUGAUACCACUUUUCUUUCUU